UCACAUAAAAAUUUUCAAACCCUUUUUUGUGACCAUGGAUCCUUAUGCAGCCGCUCAAACACAAACUUAUCAACCAACACCAUCAACAACAACAACAACGACGACAUCAUCAUCAUCACAAAUACAAUCAGAUCCAUAUAUCUAUAGCCAACAACAACAAUCAUAUGACCCAUCUCAAUAUGCAGCAUAUUAUCAACAAUAUGACCAAUCUCAACAAUAUUAUGACCCCCAAUCAUAUUAUCAAACGGCCCCACCUGAACAACAACAACCACAACCUGAACAACAACAACAACAAGAACAUGUUCCAAUUCACCCACCUGGUGUUCCGGUUCAACCCGACCCAAAUCAAUAUACUGAUCCAUAUUAUCAAACUGACCCUAAUGCUGCUGCUUAUUAUCAGACUGACCCUAAUGCUGCUUAUUACUAUGCACAGCCACAAACACAAACACAGACACCUCAAGUCGCCCAACAACAACCGGUAAGUUAUUCGGAUCCGGGUGUGGUUGUUCCUCCGGGUCAACAACCAUGGCAGCAUUAUCAGGCUCAAGCUGGUGAUUAUGGACUUGCUUCUGUUUAUCCACCACUGAACGAGCAAGGUAGUCAAUAUAGUGGUCCUAGCAGAGGUGGGGGUAGAGGCUUUAGAGGAGGUGCUUCGUCUAUCCGUGGAAGGGGACGCGGUACCAGUGGAGGACGUGGCACUAGUGGAGGACGUGGUAGCGCCCCGGGACGUGGUAGCGGAGGCCGUGUCAGUGGAGGCCGUGGAUUUGGUGGACGUGUGGGAGGACGCGGUGGGAGAACUAGUAUUAGUCAACCAAAACCGCAGCAAAAACCUCAGUUUUUGGCAUGGUGCGAACUGUGUCGAGUUGAUUGCAACACUCAAGAGGUUCUUGAUAAUCAUAAGAACGGGAAAAAACAUAAAAAGAACUUGGAAAUACAAGAAGACUUGAAGAGACUUGCAGCAGGCCAAACACUUGAACCUCGGACGCUGGAUGCUUCCGCUGCUCCAACUGAGAUACCAGAAGUCAAAGCUGAUGAAUCUCAAGCGGUUCUGUCCGAAGAACCAGAAAAUAGUUUAAAGCGAAAGAUGAUAGACGAAGAAAGGAACUCUGCUGAACCCGUCAAGAAACCAAGAGAAAAAGAACCUGUACCCUUUAUUUGUGAACUUUGUGAUGUGAAAUGUGAAUCAGCACCUGUUUUUGAUGCUCAUUUGAAAGGUAGAAAACAUUCUUUCAAUCUUCAACGGUUUCAGGAACAACAACUUGGACAAGUGGCCCUACAAGCACUUUACCCAGCAUUAGAAGCAGCAUUGUAUCCUGUGCUUCUUCAAGCACUUGCUCAGAGUGCUUCAACAUCCUAUGCAUACGGAGGACUUGAUCCACAAGUUCUUCAACUGCUGCAACCAUACUUACCUCAAACUGGGCCUGGUUAUUAUCCACGAGGCCCUGGAUCAGUACAUGGUCCGCGUUUGGAACCAUAUGGUCCGCCCCGAGGUGCAAGCCAGGAGGCGGGUGAUAACCACAUGAAACCUGUGAAUGAGCCUGAGUCGAAGACCGAAGAUCAAACGGAGUCCGUGAUUAAGACUGAAGAUCAAGUGGAGCCCGAUAUGAAGACUGAAGAUCAAGUUGAGCCUGAUACGAAGACUGAAGAUCAAGUUGAGCCUGAUACAAAGACUGAAGAUCAAGUUGAGCCUGAUAUGAAGACUGACGAUCAAGUUGAGCCUGAGGUAAAGACUGAAGAUCAAAUGGAGCCUGAGAGCAAAACCGAAGAUCAAAUGGAUCCCGAGAGCAAAAGCGAAAAUCAAAUGGAGCCCGAGAGCAAGACCGAAGAUCAAAUGGAGCCUGAGACCAAUACCGAGCAGGUUGACCCAAAUGCUGCUGAACCAAACUAGCGAGGGAUUGGUUUAUUAUAUUAUGUGGGGUUUUGCAUUCAAGUAGCUUAAAGAUUUUAUUUCACCGGGCUGUUUUCUCUGGCUAGAUGUAUCAAGAUACAGUAGUCUUGAAUUUGAAUACUUUUGAGUUUUGACAUUGACAAUAUCAUAGUGUUCUAUUCUAUGGUUUCAGUAUUAAGUAAAUUUCCUUUUUUAUAAA